GAUAUCGAUUGGUCAGCAGAAAAUAAAUAGUAUGGCGUCCUAUUAGUAUUUUGUUUUAUUGACAACAUUGCUUGUAAAUAUUGGUAAAAUUUGUGAAAAAGUAUUAGUGUAAAGAAGAUUUUCAAAAUGAAAAAGUCUCCUCUAAGUACGCCAAGUAGUAGCAGGGGGAAGCAAUGUUACAAUUGGAAGUUAUACGAUCAUAAAAGUAGGACAGGUUAUAACUACGAUAAUGAUGACAGUUAUCAGUGCGUUUCAUCAAUUGGAGUUCAGAUGCGUACUGGAAACGACUUUAUUCCUUUGAAUAUUAGUACACCAGUGUCGGAGAAAAAAAGACAUAGUGGUAAUUGGUAUGGUUCUGGAGGUGGUCGUAAUCAUCGUAAUUCAGGUAGCGGUGGAUUUAACCAUUACAGGAACAAUUAUCAUGCAACCUCAAAAUCAAAUUACAAUAAUUCAUACUCUCCUUACAAGCACUCUGGUAAACAGUUUCAUGGUCAGAAAAAGGGUUACCAGAAGGAUGCGCGCAAACAGAUUGACAUAUCAAGCUACGUAGAUAUGAAAUCUUUUUUGGAAGAUCCAUGGGCUGAAUUAGUUAAAAAAUUAAAUAAAUCGGAAGAUGCAAAGGGGGGAGAAUUGUCUAAACUUGAACAAUCACUUUCACCACAAUCUGUUUAUGACAUAACUUCUAAAAAAUAUUGUGAAAGUAAAUCAGAUCUUGACGAUUCUUGUCUUAGUCAAGAAUCUAAAAAUGACUCUUCUAUAGACGGAACAUUGGGGUUGGAUGAUACAGAUGUUAGUGAUUUGUCAAAAACGGACAGCUCAAUAAAUUUAAAGCUUGACAGUGUAAGAUUCAGCGAAGAAUCAGGAAAUGAAAACAUUUGCAGUAAUAUUGCUUGUGAGGAGACUCAAGAAGGAAACAAUAUUCGUGAGUUUUGUGCUACAGAGACAGGCUCAAUAAAAGCAAUUAUAUAACAAUGACAAAGAACUAAUCGUACUAUUAAGAAAAUGGUGCAGCAAUAUACUAUCUAUUGUACAUAGAAACUCGCAGAUGAAUAUAGGUAUUGCAGAAGUUACAAAACAUUUAUGUCGGAUAUUUGGAGUAAUAUUCUGACAUAUUGCUAAAAAAAGUUUAUGAAGUUUUUAGCAAUGCAGUUUUCCUUUUAUGAGGUAGCUCUAUUGCAGAAGCAUAUCCAAUACAUAUGCGAAAAACAAUGUAUUAAUAUUAUCUUCCAAAUUAUAUUUUCACAACAAGGCUGUGAAAAAAAUGAAUGUAGUUUACAUGAAUGAAAUUGUAUAUGUGCAAUUUUUUAGUGUGUACUGGGGAAAGUACAUAUGUCACCAUAUAAGGGAACAGAAAACACCAAUUUCUCACCAAUAGAUUAAGAUUCAACAUUUAGCUAAAAUGCCAUUAUGUGAACAAAAUUUAAGUUUGCUUAAUCAGAGUCUUGCAUAAUUGUGUAAGGCAUUAUUUAUCAAAAACAUCGUUGACCAUCAACAGUGAAUUUAGUUUUUUAAUGUAUAUGUCUAUGUAUACUCCUUGUCCUGACAACAUAAAAAUGUAUAGAUAAUUAACAAUAUGUACUAAUAUUUCGUCACGUAUGUAGGUAAAUACUUUAUAACAUACGAGAACAUAGAAUUAAGUACUGAGUAAUCAAGUGCAAAUUCCAUGAAUGAAUUUAAUUUUAAAUUUAAUUUCAAAGUGGAAUGAAUUGUGUGUAUAGCAAUACCUAUUUUUAUGUACAAUGUACUUCAUUUGAAUGAUAUUUAAUUUUACAUUUUUUUAUUACAAUCUUUUCAGCAAUUAAUCAAUUUUACAAUCGCUUUAAGUUUUCUGUAAAUUUGGUAGUAUAUAAUACAUUCUUUAAGUUCGGCGGUAUAUAAUACAUUUUUCAAAAUAAAAUAACAGAGUAGUUUUGAAUUAGAUUUGUAUAAUUGUUAUUUUCAGAAUAGUAUAUGAAAAAUUACUUAUUUCUGCUCUUUACAGAAAUUUUAUAGUAUGUUUUAGUAAACAACAGAUUGUAGAAAGUGUUAAAAGUGUCCUACAUGUUUGAUUAACAUGCCAACUUAAUGUACAAAUGAUGAUCUGGUACAAAAAUUUUUAUAAUUUAAGACAUUCAAAUUUCUUUCUAAGUUACAAUUUUAAAAAGAUCCUGUAAAGCAUGUAAUUGAUGUCAAAGACAGCAGUUGUAUAAGCAAUCUGUACAAAAAAGGAUUGUAAAUAUAUGCAAAUUGUAUAUU